AUGUCAAAAACAGUAUGCAUCGCUUCGCUGUUUGCCCUGGUCACACAUUCCGCCGCCAGCCGGGACCUCAAUAUCGAUACGGGCUAUCUUGACCCCAGUAGAGGCUACAUUGCGCCUCGCCAAGGACCUUCGUCCAACUGGAAGGGCGACAAGAAACCAUUGAAAAUCACCAACAAGUGCCCAGACACUCUCUGGCCGGCACUUUUGACUCAACAUGGCGAUGGCCCUGAUAGCGGAGGUUUCGAGCUGGAAUCUGGCGAUUCAAAGACUCUAUGGAUCGGAUCGACGUGGCAGGGUCGAGUCUGGGGAAGGACAAAUUGCACGGUUGAUGGCGAGUCGGCUAGGUGUCGUACUGGCGAUUGUUUUGGCCAACUCGAGUGUAGCUUCGCUGGUGAAGUGCCUGCCACACUAGCCGAGUUCACUCUGGCGGGUGGGAUCUCGAAUGCACAAACGUUCUACGACAUUUCCCUUGUCGAUGGCUACAACCUCCCAAUGGCUAUCAAUUAUAUUCCAGCUGCUAACACAACUUUCAUCCCACCCAAUCUGACAAACGCUGCGUGCAUCGCCACGCCCGGCUACUUGGCCGCAGGCGCCUUGUCCGGCCAAGAUUACAGCAACAGCACCUACCCGAUUCCCUGGGAACCAUACGAGUCCAACGACAGCGCUCGAGAUUGGUGCCCCUGGUCCCUGCUGGCUUAUCCUCCUGAUAAACCGGGCGACGGUAUCUACCCGUACCCAGACGAUGACAUCAAGCGGCCUGACUUCAGCCCCUGCCUAAGCCAAUGCGCCGCGACUGGGCGUGACGAAGACUGCUGCGUCGGCGACUACCAUGACGCCGAGAUCUGCAAACCGGGCCGGUACUCAAGUCUUAUGAAGGCUAUUUGCCCCGAUGCAUACAGCUUUGCCUUCGAUGACCAGCAGUCUACGUUCAUCGUGCCCUCGGGGGGUGGAUGGGAAGUCCUUUUUUGCCCAGCAGGUAGAAGUACCACCAUCCUCCGCACUCUCGGCCAGUACAUGUCGGAAGUUGCUGCCUCUGGUCACUUGACAGACGAAAGCCUAGCUGCAGUCUCCAAUUUGUCCUACAUAGAAAAGAGGGCAGAAGAGACAGCUGCCGCUGUUGGCUUGGCACGGCCAGCAUUGUUCUGGACGCUCUUCGCUGCGGUUGGUAGCGUGUUCCUGGUCGUACCAUAG